AUGACUGACCUCGAAGAGGCGAUCCGGUUGUCUCGCCAGGCGGUACAAGCCACUCCCAAUGAUCAUCCUCAACUUAUAGGGUGGCUAAACAACCUCGCAAAUGAGCUCGAAAGCCGGUACGACCGAACAGGACAGAUAGACGACCUCGAAGAGGCUAUUCGAGUAUCUCGCCAGGCGAUUCAGGCCACACCUAGCAACCAUCCCGAGAUUACGUGGUUAUUAAAUAGCCUCGGAAAUAAGCUUGGACGCCGAUAUGAGCGAAGAGGACUGAUAGAAGACCUCGACGAGGUGAUCCGGGUGUAUCGCCAGGCGGUCAAGACCACUCCUGAUGACUAUCUUAAUCUGAUAUGGUUAUUAAGUGGGCUUGGAAACAUGCUAGAAAGUCGGUACGAGCGGAAAGAACAGAUGAACGACCUCGACGAGGCCAUUCGAGUGUCCCGCUUGGCGGUUCAGGCCACGCCCAACAACCACCCCCUGCUUGCAGAGCUGUUAAACAAUCUCGGAAAUAAACUUGCAGGUCGAUAUAAACGAACAGGACAGAUAGAAGACAUCCAAGAAGCCAUUAGGGUGUCUUGUCAGGCGGUUCAGGCCACGCCUAAUAACCAUCUUAGCCUUGUGAAGUUCUUAAAUAGCCUCGGUUACCAGCUCGGAAGCCGAUACGAACGAAUAGGACGCAUAGAAGACCUUGAAGAGGCGGUCCAGGUGUGUCGCCGCGCGCUUAAGAUCACUGCUCAUGACCAUCCCAACCUUGCGGUGUUGUUGAACAACCUCGCAAGCAGACUGGAAAGUCGAUACGAACGAAGAGGACAGAUUAAAGACCUUGAAGAGGCGAUUCUACUCUCUCGUCAGGCAGUCAAGACCACUUCUGAUGACCAUCCCAACCUUGCGAUGUUAUUAAAUAGCCUCGGAAACCAAGUCGGACUUCGUUACGAACGAACAGCUCAAAUGAAUGACCUUGAAGAGGCGAUCUGGGUAUAUCGCAAGGCGAUCAAGACCACUUCUCAUGACCAUCCCAAUCUUGCGGGGCUAUUAAAUAACCUGGGAGGCAGACUGGAAAGUCGAUUCGAACUAAAAGGACAGAUGGACGACCUCGAAGAGGCGAUCCGGUUCUCUCGCCAGGCGGUGGCGGCCACACCUCAUGAUCAUCCUAAUCUGGCAAUGUGGUUCAAUAACCUCGCAAACAUGCUUGAAAGACGAUUCGAGCAAACAAGACAGAAAGAAGACCUCAGAGAGGCAAUCCAGCUAUCUCGCCAGGUAGUCCAGAUCACCCCUGACAAUCAUCCUCAGCUUGCGUGGUAUUUAAAUAACCUAGGGACCAAGCUUGGACAUCAAUAUGAACAGACAAGGCAGAAAGAAAACCUUGAGGAGGCAGUCCGAUUGUCCCACCAGGCGUUUAAGGCCACAACAUCACCUCCUUUGAGCCGGAUCACGGCUGCAACUUUGGCUCUUCGACUCCUGAUUGAGCAAGAAGAUCAUCAUACCGGUUAUACACUAUCUGUUGAAGCUAUUGAACUCCUGAAGCUCGUCAACAACAGGUCAUUGACUUUACAGGACCAGCAAUAUGUUCUCUCGCAUUUUUCUGGCCUUGCAACACAAGCCUGCUCUCUUGCCCUUCAAACUGGACAGCCCAUUUUUGAAGCCCUACUAUUAUUAGAGAGCGGACGUGGCGUCAUCCUUAGUCUUCUCAUGAAUGACCAGAGUGCCACGUCUCAACUAAAGAUGGCCCAACCCGCUUUAUGUGCCCUAUAUGAAAGUCUUCGCCUCGAGGUGAAUACGCCUGUCGAGAGCACAAAAUCCCAACCAGCGGAUGAACCCAAUCCUAUAAGACGGCCAAAGGCUCUCAAGGAGCUCGAAAAUUGCAUACAGGACAUACAAAACCUUCCAGGCUUCGGCUCCUUUCAACGGGGUCUCACAAAGGAGAAAGUGGAAACUGCUUCGAAUGAGGGCAGCAUUAUCGUGGUGAAUGUCACCAUCUUGAGAAGUGAUGCUAUCAUUGUCUCUUCAGCCGGAUUUAGCUUGGUCCCUCUUCCUCAAUUCGAUGCUGUCCAAGCGCAGGGUUGGCUCGACAAGAAGUUGACUUCGCCUGGCGAACGUGGUGUGAAGAACAAAAUUUAUCUCCAAUUUUUAGCCUGGCUGUGGCGCGAGUGCGUAAAGCCUGUCCUCAAUGAGCUUGGCCAUUAUGCUCAAUCCUCCCUUGAAGAUCUCCCAAGGGUCUGGUGGAUUGGCACUGGACUUGCUAGCUCCUUCCCAUUUCACGCUGCGUGUGAUAUUUCUGCAGAACCGACCGAGAAUACAUUUUCUCGCGUUUUGUCUUCCUACACACCUUCGAUAAAGGCCCUCUUAAACUCCAGAGAGCGGACCUCUACGUCUCCCUCAUCAAGCAAAUACCCUCUAAAGCUGCUCAUGGUCACUAUGGCCACCACACCCGGCGCUGAUGACUUACCCGGGUAA